CGACCACUUACCUUCAAACAAACUAUUCGUUUACACGGCGGAACAAAAUAUCGUCUUCUUCAUCUCGCUAGAUAGUAAUAUCCCGACCACGUCCCUCUGCUUUUUCUCCCUCCCUUUCUCCCUCUUCCUCUUCUUCUAAUCCUUUAACUGCCAGAUCGAACGAUACCCACUGUGUUUGGAACUUCUUCCUGCAGAUAAAUAUUCCAUUUAAUUAAGGCACACAUCUACCUAGUAGGCCCUGCCAGUUAAAUCACUCAUGCCAUGUGCGAUGGUUCCUUGAUACACACUUGGUCUUACAAAGUUCAGCUUUUUAUCGGAUUUCAUUGAGGAAGAGAGCCCGCCUUACAUUUUUCGUCGGACCAUCCACCAUGAAAUCAUUGCUGGCGAAAGAAAUGCAAGAACCUGGAAGAAUGCCUCCUGAGGAACUUUCUCGUCCAAAGCCAGCUGCUAAGAAGAAAGCUGCAUCUGCCACUAAGAAGGCAGAGGCGGAUAAAGCAAAAGCAGGUUUUGCAGGUUCACUGCAGUCAAAGAAGACCGCGAGAAGAAAUCCAAAAACCGAACACUUCGAGCACACCGACGGUUCUGCGUCAGAAUCUCUGCCGGAUUCCUCCUCAUCCUUCGGCGGCGGCGACUAUCGAGGACUAAGACACAAAUAUCUUUUGUUGGAGGAAGAAGGCCUGUCUUUGGAUCGUGCACUGAGUAUGGUUGAGACUGAAAUCAAGGCUCUAGAAAACGAUAAGUUCGAGCUUCUGGACCAACUUGUUGUCUUGGAAGGUCUCAUUGAUCCAUCAGAACUCAAAUCUAAAGAGAAUUGAUGCAAGGCAUUUUAAUUUGUUGGUUGAGGGUUUUGGUUUUCAGCCUAAGAUGUAUGUGGCCAUAUAAGGCUUGUAUAUAUGGUGUUUCACUCAAAUGUCUAGUAAAAAAUAUGUAUUUAAAAGUUUUAUUUGUGGUGGCUCUGUAUUCUGACUCAGAACUGCUUUUAGCUGAUGUAUU